AUUCCUACCUCCUUUAUAACGGUAACUGAUGCGAGCACAGAUAAAAAAUAUAACCAACAACAGAAUGGAGGAACUCAAGGUGCAGACGUUCAUGGACGAGCGAUUAUGGCAUGCUGUGAGAAGCUAAUGGUCGGCCUACGUCCUAUUCUCAAAGAGGAACCAGAUUGGCGUAAAGCUGUGUUAAAAGCCUAUAAGAUGCGAGUGCCUCUGCAAGCGUCCGAACACAUCGGCCGAAAACAUGGGAUCCCUCUACAGUCAUCUAUGUAUAACGCCACCGGCGCAGCGUGCAUCAUUCUAUCCGUAGAUAUAGUCAUGGAUGUCGGCCGAAACUUAAAUCCAGCGAUAGAUAUCUGCCAAAUCGAGGGAGCGUUAAUGAUGAGCUAUAGCAGUCUCACAUUUGAAAAGGUGACAUAUGAUGACAAGGGGAAAGUGAUCGAGAAUACGUUUUCUUUAUACAAACUACCGUCUCCAUCAGUGACACCGAUGAAGUUUCGCGUAAAACUCCUCAAGGAAACCGACUGCACAGAAGAAGAGGAUAGCUUUCCGAAGGACAUUGGCGAACCACUAAUGAUGCUCGGUGUUGGGACGUACGCUUCAUUACGGUAUGCGAUCACAGCACGUCGUCGAGAUCUUGGAUAUACGAAGUUUUUCGAAAUUGCAGCUCCAUUGACAGCUGCGAAAAUAAUUUCGUACUGCAAUCCUUAA